GCUCACAAGGACCCAUUGCCGCUCGAUAAUGAUCCUAUCCUUGCUCGCUUACAUACCUCCAACAUCCAUCGCCACCUGCAGGCUCUGUACGACAUUGCUCGCCACCAUGAUAAUUCGCGGAGUGUUAAGCAUGGGUAUAAUGCCUCGGCAGCCUAUGUGAUGCAGGAACUGCGAGAUAGGGCUCGCUGCGAUUUGCAAGUGCAUCACUUCCAAGUGCCAGUAUGGGAUCAAUUGGGAAAACCUACCUUGACCGCUCAUUUUGCUGAUAAUGUCACCGUUGACUAUCAAGACUCCGUUGACUUUUGGAGUAAGUAGUGUAACUAGGAUAAGGGCUAGAGUCCAUUCCUGCCAUUAAUAGCCUUUUUUUCUAUUAGGUAUGCGAUACGGUGGCCAAUCAGCGUCUCUUCCCAAUCAUCCCAUCGUCCACAUAGCAGACCAUGGCUGUAACGCUGAGGCUUUCGAAGGCGUGGCCGGUCAUAUUGCUUUGAUGGAAGAACCUGUCUCCUCCAAGGCAUGUGACAUUUGGGACGCUGCUUGGAAUGCAGAGAAAGCCGGGGCUAGUGCUAUCAUUUUUUACAACUCCAUCCAUCGGACCUCCCUUUUGUUCAGUCGAGUGCGUAUUACCGAUUGGAAGCAAGGUGACCCUCUCAUGACCAUUCCAGUGAUAGCCGCUUCUCAUUCAGUGGGUCAAACUCUGAAAGGGUCUAUCUCACACGUGCGUUUAUCGCUUACCACCAAGACACAAAUCACCUUGGAAAAUACCCACAACACUAUCUGCGUCGGUCGACUCGGUAAUGACAGCCAACGCAUUGUCGUCGGAGCUCACUUGGAUUCUGUCCCUGCUGGUCCAGGGAUGGUGGACAAUGCCUCUGGAUCAAGUAGUUUGUUGGAAAUGGCCAUUGUCUUAUCGGAAGCCCAUCAACAAUUUUUACCCCAUAGCAAACUUGUCUUUGCUUUCUGGGGAGCUGAAGAAAUCGGCCUGCUUGGAUCUCGAGAGUGGGUUCGUUCCAUGCGCCGUGACCACCCUGACGAGUGGCAAAAGAUCGUAGCCAACAUUAAUUUAGAUAUGCUGGGCAGUCCUAAUUAUAUUAGUCUGGUCCAUGAUGGAGAGGAUGCGCCCUUAUCUGUCCGCACAGCGUCGAUCCAAAUUCAAAAAGCUUUUGAGACGUUUUUCAAAUUGGAACGUCUUCCAUAUAAGCUGGAAUCUAUGACGGCAGGCAGUGAUUUCCUUCCAUUUCUUCUCAACGACGUCCCCAGUGGCGGUGUUUUAACGGGAGCGGGAGAGCGCAAGACCGACCAGGAACGUCAUGAACAUGGAGGAUUAGCCAACGCUCCUUUGGAUCCAUGCUAUCAUCAAGCCUGCGAUACGUUGGAAAAUGUAUCCAGUGAAGCUAUUACCAUUACAUCACGGGCUGCGUUGUUUGUUAUCUCUCGACUGGCUCAUCACUCGGAUCUAAUAUCUUACUUGGCUGGACAGGCCGCUCUAUUAUGAAGGUUAUAAUUGAUAGAAUGUGGUCAUAUUUUUUUUUUUUCCCUUUUGGUUUCCGGGCAUCGUCUUUAAUCGAACAUAAUAUAAUCUAUUAUUUUUUUUCCUUCUUCUUUUUU